CUGGUCGACUGUAUCCCAUACAGCUGAAUGAAGAGAUGGAAGUUGGGAUAUUUGGAAGGAAAAGUGGAAUCAGUUCAGGACAGUUAUCUAAGUGUUGUGCUGCUGUUAUCAUUGCUCUUGAUACAGGGGCCCUGAUGGCUGCUCAUGUUAAAUUCCCUGGAACGUUAUCUAUUUUGUGUCAUCCUGAGGAAGCAGUUGUUUGGUCUGGAGUUGUCAAAGGAAAAGACGACAGGUGUGCCAUUGUGGUUAUUAGUAAAGCUGGUAUUAUUUACAUAGGAUUGCCAAGAAGACGCCCAAAAGAUGUUCCAGUCAUCAAACCUAUUGAACACAGGAAAUGCAAUCUAUCAUGGCACGAGGAAAAGUUACAAAAUUCACCUCUAGCUUGCCAAAGUCAUGAUAAUGUAAUCCUUAUAUCUGAUGGGAUUUCUCUGUUGUUGAGUGUGGUUAAUUUUCUGAGUGACAGUAAAGUUUGUCUCAAAACUUGCAAGUUACCGUAUUAUGGAGUUGUGAAAAUUGCUAGUGUCACAGAUGAUAAAUUACGUUUAAUAACUUGUGAUGGGAGAACUUAUGAGAAAACAUGGAAGUUUGUAGUCAAAAGCAUUGAUAAAGAAAAAUCCCCAAAGCCUCCAGAACCAGAACUUGCAUCAUCAGUCAAGGAAGUGUUAACUGGUAUACAGCAUUGUUCAGAGAUGGUGCAAGCAGAAGGAAGUCUUAUUCGUGAUCUGGAUAUCUACAUGAGUCAGUUAAGUUUAGCUGCUAGUCUUUUAGCUGAACCACAAAGGGAUAUUUUUUCUGGGACUGCAAAAAUAGAACAACAAUUAGAACAAAAGGGGUACUACAUGGCUCAUUUAAAACUAAAAAAGAAUAUGUCAAGGAUUGACUUUGAAGGAAAAUGGUGGCUUUUGAAUGUCACUGUUCCCAUCAAUGGGUAUAAAGAGUCCUUGUGUAUGAAGCUUGAUGGACAGCAUUUAAAUAAAGAGAUCAAUGUAUCAAUUCCACUACCAGAUUUAAACAUCCUCCACUCAUUAUCAACUAUUAAAAUUGUAUGCCAUUUGUUAUUAGGACACUUUACUACCUUUCAGCCUGUUUGCCAAGUGUUGGCAUGCUGUGUGAACAUAGAUAUUUUUCAUUUUUUGUCUCAUUGUCAUGAACUUACUGUAAAAGAUUUAAGAAUAUCAUCCAAGUUCUCAACUGCCAUUCAGAAUUUUGCUGUUAAAAGGAAUCAGAGUGCAACUACUUCUGCAGAUGACUUGUUGCCAGUUCAGCCAUGUCAGGUUAAGUUGUCUUUUAUAGAUAACAAUGUGAAUAGGCAGUUGUUUCUAAUGUUGCUUAAUCGGAAUUCAGUAAUGAAGUGUACUGUUUCCAGUUUAAAAGAUUCAAAUCAAGUUCAGUUGUGGUAUCGUGACAUACCUGUUGAUCUUCAUUAUUCCCUGAUUGACAAGAAAAUAAUUAUAUCAGUGAGUGGUCCAGAUUCAUCCUUGGUUCUUGCAGUGAAAGUUGCUAUUGAAAGACUGAUUACUGAAAAUGGUUCAGUUCCAUCUUCCAUUUCACUUUCUGCUGAUGUCUUUGAAGAAGCUCAGAAUUCCUGCCAGAUGUUAGAGUUUGAAUCUUCCAAAGCCAUAACGCAAGUUGCCAUGAACCAUAUGCAUAAAAUUGUCACUAAAACAUUGUGCAAUGUUCCACUUUGAUAUUGGUUAGGAAGAAGCAUAGGAAGAAUUAUUGGGCAAGGAAUCUGUGUGACAGGUUAUCUUAUUAUAAAAUGUAUGAAUUAAACAAGAAGAGAGAGUAAACCAAAGUCAUUAAAGUGAACUAUAAGGCCAGGCAGAGAAGAGUAAAGUAAAAAAGGUGACAGUACAAUAAGUAAUGUAGAGACUGAGUGAGAAAUUGACUUAUGAGUAAUUUGAGAUACUUGUGAUAAAAACAAUAGUUUAAAAUAAUGAUUAAUUGUUUCCUUGAUGUUUAGACCAAUAUCAUUGAGAAUGCAAUUCAUUGAAUACCAGUGGUUACUUACCAACUGUUACCUGUGUGGGACCAAGACCUGUAACGCUCAGUAUCAGGGAACUGUCUUGAGUAACUGUGUGCUUCGAUGCCAUAUAAGACAUGGCUGCUGUAACUUUAUAAUGCUUAUGUGAUUUCCACUUUGUAUUUAAUGACUAAUGUUCUUGGAGACGAUUGUUGUUGUCUUUUCUUGUUUAUAUUGUUAUUUAUCCAUUUUUAAUUUUGGUAUUUUGACAUUUCAUAUCAGUUUAUGAUACCAAAUGCUGUCAUUAAGCAGGUUCAUCAUGAAAUUAAGGAGAAACACACAUUAGUAAAAAAAGUAUUUUUUAAUGAAGAAUCAGGACAAAGACCAGUAGAAUUAAGUAGAAUGUUAUUGAGAUAGGUUGUAGAUAAAGAGUGGCCAAGAUGGUAAUUUGGUUAGGAAAUGGAAAGUACAGAAGAAAGCAGAGAGAACUUACUAAUUAAAUGUCUAACCCCAUCAAGGGAAAACAUUAUGUAAAAACAUGGAAGAGGACAAUAACAGGGUGUACACUCAAGAAUUACAUAAUCACCAUAAGUUAAAUAUAACUUGAAAGGCAGCAAAUAGUAAUAUUGGCCCUCAGUUUAACUAAAUUCAAUAUGGGGCAGCAGUUUUGAGUGUGGAAUUUCUUAUAAAUGGAUGGUUUCAUUGAAACUAAAGCUGUAUGGGAGUUGAAAUGAAAUUUGUGUAUAUUUUUCCAAAUAAAGGGACUGAGAAGAAAAAAUUAACUUAUAGACACCAAGAAAAUAGAAAUUAGACAAGUGGGAAGAUUUCCAAAAUUCAAAUGAAGAACAAAAACACUAUAGUUCUCUCAUCAUUUUAUGGCAUUUUAUAUGUUUUUGCAAUGUAUAAUAUCCCAAUUUAAUUUUAUUGUUCUAAUGGAACAUGUUUGCUGGUUGCUCAUCAGUAUUUGUAGCUUUGUUUUUGCUUAGUUUUCAUAUGAUAUUUGCCAGAAAGUUUUAAGGAUGACAUUCUAAUGUGAUCCUGACAAACUGUCUCAUGAGUUAUAUCUUGCAUGUUAUGGAGACUAGCCUAAAGUAUGGAAGGUAAACUAGUGAAGAAUACCCAGGUAUUUGAGUUAUCAGAAAUAGACUGCAUACAGCAGUAAUGAGUCAAGUUAUGAAUUAGUGUGUUUUUAUAAUGUUUAUUAAGUUCAAUACAAUUUAUACAUGAAAUUACAGAUAAAUAUGUUCAGAGAUGCAAAAUAAAUGCAUGAAUUCACCCGUAA